AAGAGCAUGUUGUAAGUUACUGAAGAUUCUGUACAUUACGAGACAGAGGAGAUUACCGGAGCCAUCAUCUGAUUCAAAGGACCUAUACCACUGGAUCAGCUGCUUCCCAUUUGAGGAAGACCAAGAGGUGGACACUGUCAUUCUUGAAGGCUCGAUAGCCUGUCAAAGAUAUCAGACACAGCUGAAAUGUAAAGCACGGAAGAUCCCAGAGGGUGCAUGGAAACAAAGCUGUAGUCUCCUAUCAGAGAGAUGUAGAAAUGAGGGGACUUUCUCUUACACCCCUCUUGUGUUAGAUACAGAUGUGCAUUCAUCUGACUCUAAAAUUAAAAUGAAGAAUAAAAGAUGCAAGAAAGUUCGUCGUAAAAAGCUAAAGAGCUUCAUCCCCAUGGCCAAACAGGAAACAUCCCCUGCCGAGCUGCUUAAAACACAUGAGAAAAAAAUCCUCCUGAUUGGAAAACCUGGAAUUGGAAAAACAACAGUCACCCAUCAAAUGUUGAACCUCUGGGCAGAGAAAGAUCACAGAGAACUAGAUUACAUGUUCUAUUUUGAGGUGAGAGACAUUUCACACAGAAAACCCAUGAGCCUGGAGGAUCUUCUCUUUAACAUGUACAGUGAGCCAAAAGAAAGCAAAGAAGAAGUGUUACAGGAUAUUAAGAAUAACUCUGAAAACGUUGUCAUCAUAUUUGAUGGAAUCACAGACACAGACCUCUCCUCUCUGUCGGUGGUAAAGAACCUUGUGGAGAACCUCCUCCCGGAUGCAAAGAUUGUGACCACAUGCAGACCAGAUCAAUCUGAAGACUUCCUGACAGACUGGCCCGUAGACUGGUUCAGAGUGGAGGUGAAAGGGUUCAGUGAUGAAUCCAUUAGGACUUACUUAACACAGAUGCUGAGUGCUGAGCUUGACUCCUUGAGCAGUGUGUUAAACAACCUAGAGUUGUUCAGUCUGUGUCAUGUCCCAAUGUACGCACUGAUGGUGGUUACCUGCAUUUAUUUCCCUACCUCAGAGGCUUCUAAACAGACAUGCACUAUAACUGGAAUGUACAGCAACAUCCUCCGUCACUGCAUCCAAAAACACAGUGGCAAACGACGUAAGGAUAUCAACAAUUGUCUCAAAGAAAACAGAGAGAAAAUAUUGUCUUUGGCAGAAAUUGCUUUUAAUGCAACAAAUGAAAAAAACAUGAACUUGACAACACUGAGUUGUGAAGAAAGCAGUAUCCAUUUUGCAUUCUUGGGGGCAUUUAUGGUUAAGGUUGCACCCACAGCAUCAGACACUUACUCUGCAUUUCUCCACUACACAAUGCAGGAGUUCUUUGCUGCCCUUUGGCUCUUACAGAAUCCAGACAAAAUCAGAGAGGUUCUAGAGAAGUGCCAGACUGAAGAAUGGAAACACACAAAACACUUGAUUCCUUUCCUGUGUGGGCUUCUGAAUGAGAAGAAUAUUAGAUUGGUAAACAGUCUAGUUCCAGCUCAACAGAUCAAGAAGACAUCAGAUUGGUUCUUCAAGGAAAUGGUGAACACAUUUCUUCCAUCUCAAACAAACCAAGAUCAUGCAGAAGGUGGGGCUCCUGAGUCUGAGAUAGAUCUUCUGUUUUUGUGUCAGUGCUUGUAUGAAUAUCAGUCUACUGAGGCCUGUCUGCUUCUCCUGGACAAACUGGACUAUCAUCUAGACCUGAGUAGAGAACAUCUUGAUCCUCACCAGUGCUGUACAGUCUCUUAUGUCACCAGUCAGUCUGCAGAGAGAAAGGUUGGCUUGGACCUGAACGGCUGCACUGUGUCAGACCAAGGAGUAAGGUUGAUACUGGGCUCUCUGAAGAAUGUCAGACAUCUUGGGUAAGGUUAUUAUCUGUGUUCAAACUAACCUAGUCAAAUAAAGAUUGGUAAUCACCAUUCAUGCAACUACUUUAAUUCCUUGUUUGUCACAUCUGUAUCAGAGCUGAUACCAUUUGAGGUCAGGAUACAUCUCUCUGUAAAUGUAAAAACUGUCUCAAGACUUUUCCCUACUGAUUAAAUCAACCCCAUAUCCCUGCAAAUAAGUUAUCUUGAGGAAUGCAACAUUCACUGGUAUUAUCAGCCAUUUUACUGAGUUAGUUGUCAAGAUGACAAAAUGCUCAUGCUACUUCCGAAAAUGUAUGAUUUGAAUGUCACGACUUCUGCCGAAGUCGAUACCUCUCCUUGUUCGGGCGGUGUUCGGCGGUCGAAGUCGAUGCCUCUCCUUGUUCGGGCGGUGUUCGGCGGUCGAAGUCGAUGCCUCUCCUUGUUCGGGCGGU